UGAGGAUCAGUCAUCAUAAUCCCAAGUUCCCAACCAUUGUUUGAAAUUUUCAGGAAUUAGGUCAACAAUCUCAAUCCAUUUCUUAAUUUGAUGAGUUGCAGAAUUCCAACUAACAUUCGCCAUUGAUCUUUCAUUCCGGUGUGUGUCAACAAUUUACGCAGCUCCGAUCAUCCUCCUCCAAUGGCGAGUUUCUUCGGCGGCUGCUGCGGGCGACGCACUUUGGUGCUUCUAGUCCUCGCCACCGCCAUCCCCUUCUCCCUGAUCGUUUCUCUGGAGCGAGCAGCCACCUCUACCAAUGGCUCUCUCAAGUACACUAGCCACGGCUGGUUAAGGGAGUGCGCCAAAUGGGACCAUCCACGUCGCAGAUUUCUCAUAUCCACCUUCUUCGACGGAGGAAUCGCCGAGAUUCGCCUCCCGGACACCGCCGACAGCUCCGACUUGCAGGAGCGUACGGUGAUCGCCGACGCUGACGUCGCCGGCAACGCCUCUCUAGGGAUCGCAAUCGAUGGGAAGCGAGACCGUCUCCUUGUUGUAUAUGCUGACAUCAUGAGAUUUCGGUCCGCCGCAGUAGCCGCUUACGGACUCGAGUCCGGCGAGCGUUUCUUCCUUACUCGCCUCAGCCGACCAGGUCUGCCGUAUUAUCCUCGUGUCCCACCUCUCAGAUUAUUUUCCUUUUAACUGAACCUAAUGGCUUCAUCUGAUUUGGAUCGGACGUGGAUGAUCUUUGUUUUCAAAACAUCAUUGUUUAUAUAUUUGAUCUUUCUCUUUAAAAGUUUGGGCGUCUAUGGUCUGGUGACAGUAGUUAGGCUAUUAUGGUUUGAUAAUAAUAGUCAAGCAAGUAAGAUCUGGUGGUGAUAAUCAAGUGGUGGCGAUAAGAUGAUCAUCGUUAGGUGAUAAUGGUUAGAUAAUAAUGUUCUUGACUAUAUUUAGGCAAAAGAAUAUUGGGUGAUGGUGAUUUGGUGACCAAAGUUGGAUGUUUUUGAUAAGGGAAUUAUGUUUAGGCAAAAGAGUAUUGGGUGAUGGAGAUUUGGUGAUGGUGGUUAAGUGACGAGUUGGACGAUUUAGGUUGAGCGAUUGUUUUUAAGUGAUUUUAAUCAAGCAAUGAUGAUGGUGCAACAAUGAUUUACAGUGGUUAAUUAGGUGACGGUGGUCAGUUGAACAUUGUUAGACGGUGGUGAUCAAGUGAUAAUGGUUGGGUAAUGUUAUGGUAUGACUCAUAUACCAUAUAGGGACAGACGUUGGAUCGAAGCGGA